AUGAACUCGAUGCACAGACCGACAGUCUUGCACGCGCGGGACGGUGGGAAAUUAUGGUACAUCCAUGAGGAGCUGGAGCGUGCAGGGUUAUCGGUUGUGAAGAUUGUGGAAGUUCAGGCAGAAAUUCACCCUCUUGUUGUUGACUUGACUGGGAAGAUGAAGCCUAAGCAUGGGCUGGAAGCGAAGUUUAGUGUGCAUCAUGGUGGAGCAGUUAGGUUGUUGUUGGGAAAGUCUACACCGGUGCAGUAUGAGAAUGAGGUCGUUACUAAUUCGUGA